ACGCAAGAUUUCAGGAAAUGAUAAAACCUUAAGACAUUAAAGAGGAAGAAAAACGAAUUAUAACACCAAAUUAGUUUGCUGGCAUUGUAUAUAUUACGAAAUAGGUUAGAUAAAAGUGGAAAAAUAGGGUAAUUCUACCAGCCCAGAUUCGUAUUAGAAAACCCUAGAGAAGUUUUAUUUUGCCUUGUUUAGACUACAAGAAGCUUAAUAUUUAGAAUAAAACGAAGUAACUCCAAAGUAUCCCUUUGUCUUUCAGUACUCGUUCAAUUAAAUAAUGGUAUACUUCUGGUUAAAUUUUUGUAGGUUCAUCUAGGAGGUCAUUAAGUUUAAUAAAAAUAGAUAGAAGAUUUGAAAAAAUAUGACUAUUAACAGCAAUUUUACUAGAAGACCAAGGCUGUGCCUCAAGUAAAGCUCUCUGUUUAAAAGAGAAAGGGGUUUUCUACUUUAGAAUAAAAGGACUCUAAAAAUAUCCCUAAGAAUUAUUGUAAGGCAAUAAUCAGUUAUGCCCAAAAAAAUUAAACUCUCUGUCAAGAAAUACUGAAAGAAGAAAUAAAGGUAGCUAAAUUUAUAGAAUACUUAACAAGUUAAAAGAAAAAAUCACUAAAUAUAAGAGUAUUCAAAGCUUUGUUACAAUAAUGCGACGAUCCAAUAUAAGAUGAAUUCAACCGAACUUUUAGGAUUAUAAGGUAACUUAUUUCUAUUAAACUAGUUAAAUCUUUAUUAAAAAAUAUGCCAUAAAUUAUAUUUAUAAUUCAAAAAUAGUAUAGCACAAUUGGCAUAUUAGAUAUAGAUAAUAAAUAUAUAAGGGAAUCAGAAAUCCAAAAAGAUUUUCCCAUAUAAAGAAACUUUGA